AUGAAUCGUCGUGUAUGUCCAAUUAAUGCCCAAUCACCGUACGAUGAAGUUUCACAUGAAAUUGACAAUAACGUUUUAACGUUUAAAUUGCUUAAAGAUAGACAUCGCGUUCAAGCCGUGGAUGGACAAAUUGAUGACGAGCCUAUCAUUGAUGUUAAUUGUUCGGAUAAAUAUGGUAAGAAAUGCAAGAAAGGCUGUCCAAAAAUUAAUGUAAUACAUAGUCAAGAACCUACUCCUAAAAAACCGGAGGAAGAAAUGUUAUUAUUAAGAACAACAAGACAAAUUACUCACAAUAUUACCGACAGUAUGAAACACAGUCUUGAAGUGGAAUUUAAGUCACCACGAAAUUAUAUCCCAUUGCCAGAACCAGAGCCUAUAUCCGCCUAUGAUUAUUCAAAAAAACCUGUUAUCUUGCAGAAAAAAAAACUUGAGAAAAAAAAAGGA